AGGCACACUUCUCCAACUACCACUCAAACUUCCAAUGGCAACCCAGAAUCCAGAAAUGCUCCAGACUCAAUUCCACCAGCCACACCUUGGCCGGACCUCCUUACCCCACGAAGCAGUAGCAGCUGGAACCAACAGUUCCAUUUCUGUUAAGGCAACUGUUACCGUGAAAUUAACUGAUGGAGGGUGCUCCUCCUGCUUGCUAGGGUUGUGUAGUCCGCUCGAUAAUAUAUCGGACUUGCUUGGUAAAUCACUCCUCUUAGAGCUUGUUAGUGCAGAGCUUGAUCCUCAGACGGGAUUGGAGACAAGACCGAUUAGCCGGUAUGCUCAUCGAGUAGACCAAGAGGAUGGGGAUGUGAUUUACGAAUCAGAAUUUGUGAUUCCUGGUGACUUUGGGGAGAUUGGUGCGGUUCUAGUGCAGAAUGAAUACCGCAGCGAGAUGUUCCUCAAGUAUAUUGUCCUCAAUGGCCUCCCCAAUGGCCCUAUUGCAUUCAACUGCGGUUCAUGGGUUCAGUCGAAGUUUGAUGAUCCUGAGAAGAGGAUCUUUUUCAGCAACAAGUCAUAUUUACCAUCACAAACGCCCGGAGGCCUCAGGGAUUUGAGGGAAAAAGAGCUUGCAAAUUUGCGAGGUAACGGUGAAGGAGAACGCAAGACCUCUGAUAGAAUAUAUGAUUAUGAUGUUUAUAAUGAUCUGGGUAACCCUGAUAGCAAGUCUGAAUUGGGGCGACCAGUACUAGGUGACAAUGAGAAUUAUCCAUAUCCUAGACGAUGCAGAACUGGACGUCCACCGUGUCAGACCGAUCCUCUUUCGGAGACAAGGAGUGGCAGCUUCUAUGUGCCAAGGGAUGAAGAAUUUUCUGAGGUGAAGGAGGCAUCAUUCAUAACAAAGACAGUAGACUCGGUGUUGCAUGCUUUAAAACCGUCCCUAGAGACAGCCCUACUUGACAGUAAUCUUGGAUUUCCACUCUUCUCAGAUAUAGACCAAUUAUACUAUCAAGGAAUCACCAUUCCUAAGCUUAAAAAUCCAGGGCUUUUGCAACUUAUACUGCCCAGACUAGUGAAGGCCGUUUCUGAUGCUAAAGAUCGUCUCCUGAAAUUUGAAACCCCUGCAAUGUUUCUCAAGGACAAGUUUUCUUGGCUUCGGGAUGAGGAAUUCUCACGCCAAACUCUUGCUGGUGUUAACCCGUAUAGCAUAAAGUUGGUUAUGGAAUGGCCGUUGAAAAGCGCAUUGGAUCCUGAUGUCUACGGUCCACCUGAAUCGGCAAUCACCAAAGAGUUGGUCGAGCGGGGGAUAAAAGGCUUCAUGACAGUAGACGAAGCAUUCGAACAGAAGAAGCUAUUCAUCAUAGAUUACCAUGACUUGUUAUUACCAUAUGUGAGCAAAGUAAGGCAGAUCGAAGGGACAACACUAUAUGGCUCCAGGGCACUUUUCUUCCUAGCACCUGAUUGCACCUUGAAGCCUCUAGCCAUUGAGCUCACUCGCCCACCGAUGGAUGGAAAGCCACAGUGGAAACAAGUUUUCACGCCCGGCUUGGAAGCUACAGAUUACUGGCUUUGGAGGUUUGCCAAAACCCAUUUCCUUGCUCAUGACUCCGGUUAUCAUGAGCUUGUUAGUCACUGGUUGAGAACUCACUGUGCAACAGAACCUUACGUGAUUGCAACAAAUCGGCAACUCAGUGUGAUGCACCCGAUCUAUAAACUAUUACAUCCUCAUUUACGCUAUACGAUGCAGAUCAAUGCUCUUGCUAGAGAAGCUCUCAUCAAUGCGGAUGGGAUCAUUGAGACUUCAUUCUCAACCCGCAAGUAUUCUAUGGAGCUUAGCUCUGCCGCUUAUGACCAGCAGUGGAGGUUUGAUAGGGAAGCCCUGCCAGCAGACCUAAUAAGCAGGGGAAUUGCUGUUGAGGAUCCAAGUGCUUCCCAUGGCCUAAAGCUAUUGAUCGAAGACUAUCCUUUUGCCAACGACGGUCUCAUAUUAUGGGAUGCCUUGAAACAAUGGGUUGCAGACUAUGUCAAUUACUACUACAAGGACGCGAGCAUGGUACAGUCUGAUCCAGAGCUUCAAGCAUGGUGGACAGAAAUCCGAACCAAAGGUCAUGAGGAUAAAAAAGAUGAACCAUGGUGGCCAGUCCUCCAAACACCAGAAGACCUCAUUGGAAUUAUCGCAACAAUAGCUUGGGUGGCCUCCGCUCAUCAUUCAGCCGUCAAUUUUGGACAAUAUGCUUUUGCUGCUUACUUCCCCAAUAGGCCUACCAUUGCUAGAACCAAUAUGCCCUCUGAGGACCCAACAAGAGAAGGAUGGAAACGAUUUUUGGACAAUCCCGAUUUUGAGCUCUUGGUAUGCUUCCCUUCACAGGUUCAAGCAACAAAAGUUAUAGCUACUUUAGAUGUGCUAUCCAAUCAUUCUCCGGAUGAGGAGUACAUAGGGGAAUAUAUGGAGCCAGCAUGGGGUGAAGAACCAGAUAUAAAAGAAGCAUUUGAAAGGUUUUCUGCGAGGUUAAAGGAACUCGAAGUAAUUAUUGAUGCUAGGAAUGCAGACAAUAGUUUGAAGAACAGAGGCGGAGUUGGGGUGGUUCCAUAUGAGCUCUUGAAGCCAUUUUCUGAAGCUGGGGUGACAGGAAAGGGAGUUCCUUACAGCAUCUCCAUCUGAGGUAGCUUUAGGAGUGAAGCUUCAAGUUCAUUGCAUGGCAGAAAUACAUAAUAAUUGAUGUAAAAAGUGAAAAAAAAUGAAAAUUUUUUCAUGGAAAAGGUUUCUUCUCUUCAUGAAGCAACCAAAACCCUAGACUAAUGAGCCUAGGCUAUGACUUUUUUUUCCUGUACCCAAUAAAAAAUUGCCACGUAACAGAAAGUGAGAAUUUCAUCAUUCUCAAGUGUUAAGUACCAAUAAAAAGCUAUAAGGCAAAAGAUCACGACGUUUUCGAGAUCUGUACCA